AUGCCUGCGCCACCCGCCCCGGUCCCCGAACACCUCGUGCAGUUCGCGCACCGCCUGGCGGACGCCGCGCGGGAGGUCGUUCCGCCGUUCUUCCGCCAGCCAAUCGGCAUCGAGCUGAAGGCGGACGAGAGCCCAGUGACGGCGGCGGAUCGCGCGGCGGAGGCGGCGAUAACGGCGCUGAUCCGCGCGGAGUACCCCGCGCACGGCAUCCUGGGCGAGGAGCAGGGACUGCAGGGGCCCGUGCGGGCGGGAGACGCGGGGGUGGAAGAGGGCGAUGGCGAGUGGGGGGGCGAGUGCGAGUGGGUGUGGGUGAUCGAUCCGAUCGACGGCACGGCGAGCUUCAUCACGGGCAAGCCGCUCUUCGGCACGCUCGUCGCGCUGCUGCACCGCGGCCGCCCCGUGCUGGGCGUGCUGGAGCAGCCCGUGCUGCGCGAGCGAUGGGUCGGCGUCGCGGGCCGCCCCACCACCUUCAACGGCGUCCCGGUCGCCACGCGCCGCUGCGCCGACCUGCGCGACGCGUACGUGUACACCACGUCGCCGGACCUCUUCCCCGGCGCCAGCGGCGAGGCGUUCCGCGCGGUGAAGAGCGGUGCGCGCAAGGCGAACUACGGGUGCGACUGCUACGCGUUCGGGCUGCUGGCGAGCGGGUUCGUGGACGUGGCUCUGGAGUUCGGCGUGAAGCCGUGGGACUACCUCGCUCUCGUCCCCAUUGUGGCGGGCGCGGGCGGGCGCAUGAGCGACUGGCGCGGGCGCGAGCUGCGGCUGGCGUCGCUGCGCGCGGAGGACUGGGUGGGCGACGUGGUGGCGACGGGCGACGCGCAGCUGCAUGCGACGGUGCUGGCGACGCUGGCUUGGGAGCAGCGCGGCAAGGGCGAGUGA